AACAGUUUCCAGCGGGGGGCACUGCUUUACCCAGCGCAUGCGUGCUGCUUCAUAGCGCAUGUCACGGCUGAAGGUAUUGUGUUUUUAUUAGCUAGCUGGGUAGACCACCCUGUCCUUCCAUUAACAUCUAACUUAUCUGGGCCUAAAGUCAAAACCAUGGGGGACGAACAAGAGAUCAUGUGCAAACUAGAAAACAUUAUGGAAAUACGGAAUAAGACGGUACAGAUGCAGAAGAUCAAGUCUCGUCUGAAGUCAGAGUUUGAGUCCCUAGAGUCUGAGGAGAAACAUCUGAAGGAAUACAAACAGGAGAUGGACCUCCUCCUGCAGGAGAAGAUGGCCCAUGUAGAGGAGCUACGACUCAUACAUGCUGAUAUCAACGUGAUGGAGAGCACUAUAAAGCAGUCAGAGAACGACCUGAACAAGCUGUUGGAGACGACGCGGAGGCUCCAUGACGAGUACAAACCCCUGAAGGAACAUGUAGACGCCCUGAGGAUGACCCUGGGCCUUCACAGACUGCCCAACCUCAACGAAGAGGAGGAGAAACUCUCUCUGGAUUACUUUGAGAAGCAGAAGGCUGAGUGGCAGAAGGAGCCUCAUGAGCCCACCAUCCCAGAAUCCCUUGCAGCAGCGGCUGCCGCGGCCCAACAGCUCCAGGUCUCCCGGAAACAAGAUGCUCGCCAGACUGCCACCUUCAGACAACAGCCUCCUCCCAUGAAGGUACACAGUACACACCCUCCUAUGAAGGCCUGUCUGUCAUGCCACCAACAGAUCCAUCGUAACGCUCCUAUCUGUCCACUGUGUAAGGCCAAAAGUCGCUCCCGCAACCCCAAGAAACCUAAGAGGAAGCCUGACGAGUAGACACACACUCCUACUACCACCUCAUAUUGCUAAAUUUCACAUCUGGAAUUCAGUAAUACAUGUCAUAACCUUUCCCCAUGCCAUGGAACCUACAUUUAGUGUAAUCGUCAUUAUCCUAAGUGUUUUCUUUUUAACAGUGCUUGAGUGUUGAAAUGUAAUUGUUAACUUUAAGGUUUAAUAGAACCUAACCAUGUUAUAUGCAAUAAUUCACAAUAUUAUACUGUAACUGUACCCAUGUUGUGAUUGGUUCUGGCAUUACAUGUAAAACAUACUGCAUUUACUUGUUACUCUGUAUUUAACAUGUUUGCAUUGCAUGAACACUUUCCAUGGCUGAACUAUAAUGACUGUGCUGUAACGGUUUGCGAUGAUAUGAAAGUGGGUUCAUUGUUGGAGUGUAUAACCCAGGAAGUUGUUCUAAUGUUUACUGAAGGCAUAAUGGACGGUCAAGGACUGAGAAAACCAUGACGCUUAUUUGCUUUUAACAGUGUUGUAUGUGAAACUUGAAGACAAAAAUAAAGUGUAUUUUGUA